CUACGCGUGACAUCUGUCUAUGUGUGCGCUGUGAAAAAUACUUGAUACCAGUAGAUAUCACACACGUCAUGAUGUAGACCAACGCUAUGGAUAACGUUAAGUUACCAGAAUGACAACGCGACUGGUGUGGUGCCCAAGAACCGGCGUCUUCCGCGACAAUUCGUGAAUUAAACAUCCAUUUAAAGCUCUCGUUUUCUUAAAAACGGAGAAGGUGGAUAUCGGUUGUGCUGAUCAAUGCCUUCUUUCUUUUCUGAAACACAUACGGACAGAUCUUUCACCAGGAUGUAUCGAAAUAAUCGACAACUUGAUUUCCAGCAGAGUUAAGAUUGUGCCCCAACUCGACGUGUUGCUGACGAACCUUCUUCCUAUUUCAGAACAUACAUACUUCCUUUAGUACAAGUUAUCUUUCCAUUUGGAAAAGUGAAAAUGGCUGAUGUUACCACAAUAGCAUCGGAUACAAGCAAUGCCACUGACUCCUACAAGACCUAUACUGAAUUCAAGGUGGCAAACUAUGUGAAAAUAGUGUGGUGCAUCAUCAUCAUCCCGAUGGGCACCGCCGGAAAUGUUUUAAGUUUCAUGAUCAUGCGCAGCAAAGAGAUGAGGAAAUCGACCACCAGUUUUUAUCUAUCCGUCCUUGCCGUGUCUGACUGCUGUGUCAUAUAUCUUGCAGCACUGCCCGAGCUAAUUUUCACAAUUAUAGGAACGCCACGUUACGAUUACAACGAUAUAACCUGUACUGUCCUAAACUAUGCAGAAUUCAUCACAACGGAUAUUUCAUCGUGGAUUCUCGUUGUCGUCUCGUUUGAGCGCCUUCUGGCGGCGUGGUUUCCAUUCCAUGCAAAGAGAAUCUGCUCAAUUCGGAUAGCAUACAUCGCUUGUUUGCUGAUAGCAUUAAGUUUAGCAGCCGUCAAUUCGCAAUUACUCGUCCUUAAAGGGCGUGACGAGAGCGGGGUCUGCGGACCAAAACCGCAAUUCAGAGAUUACUGGGCGAAUGUCUGGCUAACCUGGGACAUGUGUAACUUUUCCAUUUUACCCAUGUGCACAAUGUCGGUUUGUAACCUUUCUGUGCUGUUGAAGCUAAAAAUGAACAAAAGUUGGCAGGAGAAAAGGAAAAGUACCGCCCAAGGUGAUGGGAAGAAAAAGGUUAGCAGUAACACGAUUAUUAUGAUGACUAUCAACAUCGCAUUCUUCUCGACGACGUUCCCCAGCGUCCUGUUCCAAGUCUUGGUCCCUAACUGGAUCGAGACGAAGGGCCACAACCGCGCUCAGUACGAACUCAUCUGGGCCUUCCUCCUCAUGCUCAGCUUCACGAACAGUGCCAUCAACUUCCUUUUAUAUUGUCUGUCUGGGCCUCGCUUCCGUAAAGAGCUCCGAUCGAUUCUCGGGAUUGCUACGAGGACUGCCACCGUCGGUCCGGAGAGUAAUACGGCAAACACGCGGGUGAACCACAAGACAAAACCACAGCCAACAUCAGAAGUAUCUGGAUAAAACGGACCAUGCACGAUAUACUUCUUGGAUACUCGAUUGUCUG